AUGAGCGGUUUUAUGACAACGGCAGAGGCGCGUGAGGCGUUAGAUAGCCGUAAGGCUCUGGUUAAUGAAUUUCUCCAGGGGCUAGACGAGGCUGGACCGCCUCCCAAUCGGACGGAGUGCGAGAUGGAAAUGGAGAAAUUCCUCGAAAACCAGCGUCACCUCGACGAAGAGAUCAAAGUCUUCGAGAAGAAGGCGCCCGAGGUAGAAGAAUUUAUCAACAAGAUGAAGGACGACUCUGGGCGGAUCGAACGCGACAGGCUGCUCACCUACUUGGAUAGUCUAAGCCAGUCCGUCUUCCAGCAUGCUCUCCUUGUGGUGGCUGCGAAGGAAAAGGACCUCAGCUUCAUCCGUAACCUCUCGGCGGAACAUCGGAAAGCACUCGGCAUUCUUGAUCGCAGGUCUGUCGAAGACAGUCUGUCUAAUACGAUCGUACAGAAGAAGAAGGAGUUGGAGGAGGCAUCGAUCGAAUUGGCGAAGCAGAAGCAAGAGCUAGUCAAGAGCAACCGCGAGCUAGCAGAAAAAGACAGGGAACUGAUGGGAAAGACUGACGAGAUAAACACCGCCCGAGCCGAAGUCGCAACGCUCAAAACACAGAUAGGCAAGAAAGACGAGUCGAUCCUAGAGUUGAAGGCUAGCAAGGACGAACUAUUCAACCAGAUGACGACAAAUAUCGCCGAAGCCCACGCAUUAACAGACAAACUCGCAACAGCAGAGCGCCGCCUAUCGGAGCUGAACGGGCGCGUCCCCCAGCUAGAAGAUCAGAUCAAAGAUAGGGAGCUUCGGCUGGCCAAGUUCUUCGCUGCGCAGUCCAGCUGGGAGGGCAACGACUACGGCGGCUGGUUGCCUUUCGCCCGCGUUAUCACCGAUGCUGAUAGUGUUGUGGGAUCGGAUCCGCCCACGACUCUUCCGUGGGUGCUGCUCGAAGCUUGGCGAGACGAUAAAGAGCAGGAGAGUACCGAAUAUUCUCACCCCUCCGACCUAACUACGAUAACUUGCAAGCUAUACGGGUUUGCCCUAGGAGGGCACUACCACGAGGAAGCGUUGUGCCUCCUCGGGCUACUAGUUCGACGCCUCGCUAAAGACUCCUCCGCCCACGUCGCCUCUGUCCUGCUUGCUUUGGACAAGUAUCUCGGAAUCGCGAAAGAAUUACAAGUCUCUAGCGCCUCUAUACACCUCCAGAUCUUCCUCCUCGGCCUGUGGCGCGUGGCAUCCCUCGUCGCGAGGCGAUGGCCAUCCGUUCCGGCUGUCGAAAGCGUCCGAGAUCGGCUCGGGAAGCACCUGGACGGCUCUCCGCUCUUGAAGAUCGAAGAGCUGCUGGGCGACGCCAACCUGGAAGCAACCUUUCGCGAGAAGUCGCCGAAGGAAUGCCUCUUCUCGGAAGAAUUAGUCAUGGGCUUUGUUCGGCUACCUGAGCUGCGCAAUUGGGUUUUCGUCGUCGAUUUUGCUAACUGGACGGUCCGCAUGUUCCAUCCCUCGAGGAGCGCUUGGACUAGCAUCUACGACAUAACGGUCACGGCUGCCAAGCCAGGCAAGGAUUUGGUCAUUCCAGUGCACAAUAAAGGGCAGUUCGAUUGGAUUCAGAAGAACAUCAGCGUAAUAGCGCAGAGCAAGAUCCGAGAGGAGAUAGUUGCCCGCCUAACAACAAAUGAGGGUUUUGGACUUGCCGACCUCUCUUUCCUCGGGCUGGCGGAGAGCGAUCUGACGCGACGAACUCUCUUUUGCCGUCCUCCUUUCCAGCUCUACGACCGAAACCCCCUCUCUCAGCCGAUCUCCACGGACGAACCCGGAGAAUGGGACAUCGAGAAGGAAUCGGACCCAGUCGAAAUGGCGAAGCGCAGCCUGAUUACCUGGAACGGCCAGGGAAAUCUAGGCGACUUCAUUAGCGACAAGUUCGGCAUUUUCAGGUCCGCCAGAAACAGCAGGAGAUACCUCUUUACGUUUAACAGGCCGCUUGUUAUCCGAGUGCUCUACCACGCGCCGGCCGAGAACGCCCCCGGCUUCUCCAACCUAAGGCUUAUCACCGUCCAAGGCAACUGCCUGACGCUUAUACCAGGUACCGAGUCGGCCAUGAAGAUCGAGAAGCCUGAGAAUAACUCGAUCAGCUAUACUCUUAUCGCGGUUCUCAAACUGCGCUCGGCCGGCGAUGACCGAGAUCUGAUCCGACGCUACAGCUUAGACGGAAGGGAAUGCUGGCUCCUGUCCCGUUUCGCGUACGGCCACGGAUCCUGGAAGUUGGGACAACCGGGUCAGUAUAUGCUUUUUUACAUCCCGGCACCGGCAAAUCCUUCCUUGGUUGCAGCUCCCGAAAUCACCGACAGGCCCAAGGAUUUCGCUAUCAAGAUCGCGGUGGCCAGAAGGAUAGUUGGCUCCGAGGCUUCGUAA